CAGGCACAGGCUUUCAGCUUCCCCAUCUGGAGUGGAGACUGAGUGAGGGCCUGCUGGUGUCUCCAAAGGGACAUGGCUCUCCUCCCCUCCCGCCUUCCCUAGUCCCAUAAUUGCUCCUCAGCUGGGGCUCCACUAUCUCUAUGAAACUGGGUCAGGGAAGCACCAGUCUGGGCCCAGGGGGAGUAGGCAUGGGCUCAAAGGACGGUGGCGUGUAGAAGCCAAGGUUUCCCUUGGCUUGUCCUGGGCAGAGAACUGGUCAUCAAGUGUGGGAGGAUCUGGGUGAUCCCCUCUCCCUAGUUUAUGGGAUGUCUCCUGGGCACAGAGCCAAGGGGGAGAAAUGGACAAAGAGUCCAGAGAAGCAGAAGGGAUUACAGGGAGCCCAGGGGGGCAGGAGGAGGCUGCGUGCCAGGCGUUGGCAAGGAUAUGCCUGCAAGACCAGUUGGAUGGCUCCUGCAGAGCAGGGCCGUGGGAGAGCUGCGGCUGCUGUGGCCUGCCUGCCUGAGGAGGACCGCAUCUCCCCGGCUGUCACCCCACCCACCUCUGCCAGGUGCUUACUUGCCUGUCAGCCUUGUAGGGAGGAGUAGACUGCAGGGAUCCGGGAGACCUUAUCUAGCUCUUUCUCCCUGUUUGGGCUCCCUACUAGGGUCUGCACAAAGAUCAAUCUAGGCCAAGUGAAAUUAAUGUCCUAAUUAAAAUAAAGAGAUCCUUUUCUUGUUCAAACCCCCCAGAUGAACUGCUUGCCAGAUUCACAUAGCCAGGCCUUUUUGUUUGGGUAGGGGUGAGGGUCAGGAGGCACAGAGCUCUUUUCUAGACGGCCAAGGUAGCAGCGCCCAGAGUCUAGGGGAUAAGCUCCUCUGGGCCUGAGAGACUGGGUAGUAAGCCCUUUUAUCUGUGCAUGCCCAUGUGAAUUCACAUCUUGGAAAUCUGGAGGAGAAAGGUGUGGUGGUCUGUUCUGAAUGGCUUGCCUUGUAGGUGACACUGUUGAAGAAGGUUGGGCUCAGAGUUCACAGUGGACCUUAGCUUCUGGUGUACAAGGUUGGUAGUCAGUGGUCAGAGUUCAGCAGGUUCAGCAGGUGUAAUGUCAAAAGUGGCGUUGCCAUGCAGGAGAGGACAAUAAGUGGAUAUUGCUAGUCUCAUUUUCCAGAUGUGUCCAGUGAGCGUGUUGUGUCAUCUGUUUUCUGCCAGGUUCUGGAAUUCAGCAGAGAAUGGGGUGGUUCCCAUUCUCCCGAAGCUCCCAUUCAGUCAGAGGAGGCUGACAACAGGUGGAACCAACAAGUGCAGCUACCUCAAAAAGGGCUGCAGGGAAAGUAACCUGGGAGGCCUGAGGAGGGGAACAGGACAGGGAGCAUCUAUUGGAGACAAAGGCCUCUCAGUUGACAUUUGAACCAGAAAGCUGUGCUAAGUAGGCAGUGUAAAGUUGAAAGGCUGGCAUGGCGUGGGUACAAGGCGUAGGGCCAGGCUUCCACAGAAGGUCUGUUCUGAGGAGACCAAGGAAAACAUUGUGCGUUUAAAUUAUAUAUUUUAAAAAAUCUCAGUAUAUUGACAGAUUUCUUGUAUACAUGAACAGUAUAGAAAAGCAGUAUGGUAUGAAAGUCUGCCUUGUCAGUGUGUUGUGCAGGUAGAGGUUGUGUGUGGAGUUUUGACCUUUCUAUACUUUGACCUGCAGGACUCUUCGGUCUCUAUCACUGUAUAGAGGGAGCCCUUUCUCUUUCCAUGGCCCUAUCAGUCCAACCAUAUUCUGGCCAGACCUCCAGCAUUCAUAUUGCCUUCUAAUGAGAAACGUUGCGGUGGUCAUUUCCCCUGUACAUUCCAUGAAAUCUUGGAAGCCUAUGAUCAUGCAACUUUAAAAGCAGGUGGAUACACAAUGUCAGUCAGCGUUCACGAGACCCGCAAGUCGCGGAGUAGCACAGGCUCCAUGAACAUCUCGGUCUUCCACAAGGCCUCGCACCCUGACUGUGUGCUGGCCCACCUCAACACUCUGCGCAAGCACUGCAUGUUCACCGACGUCACUCUCUGGGCUGGUGACCGAGCCUUUCCUUGCCACCGUGCAGUGCUGGCUGCCUCCAGCCGAUACUUUGAGGCCAUGUUCAGCCAUGGCCUUCGGGAAAGCCGGGAUGAUACGGUCAACUUCCAGGACAACCUGCACCCUGAGGUGCUGGAGCUGCUCCUGGACUUCGCCUACUCCUCUCGCAUCGUCAUCAAUGAGGAGAACGCAGAGUCGCUGCUGGAGGCUGGUGACAUGUUGCAGUUCCAUGACGUCCGGGAUGCAGCUGCCGAGUUCCUGGAGAAGAAUCUUUCCCCCUCCAACUGCCUUGGCAUGAUGGUGCUGUCUGAUGCUCACCAGUGCCGGCGGCUCUAUGAGUUCUCAUGCCGAAUGUCCCUGGUACACUUUGAGACGGUGCGGCAGAGUGAGGACUUCAACAGUCUCUCUAGGGACACACUGUUGGACCUCAUCUCCAGAGACGAGCUGGAGACUGAGGAUGAGCGCGUGGUCUUUGAGGCCAUCCUGCAGUGGGUGAAGCAUGACCUAGAGCAGAGGAAGGUCCACCUGCCACUGCUCCUGCGCAAUGUGCGACUGGCCCUGCUACCCUCAGACUGUCUGAAGAAAGCCGUCUCUGGAGAGGCCCUCCUCAUGGCGGAUGAGUGCACCAAACUCAUCAUAGAUGAGGCCUUCCGCUGCAAGACCAAGAUCUUGCUGAACGAUGGUGUGGUCACCAGUCCCUUUGCCCGGCCUCGCAAGGCAGGUCACACAUUGCUCAUCCUGGGAGGCCAGACCUUCAUGUGUGACAAGAUCUACCAAGUGGACCACAAAGCCAAGGAGAUUAUCCCCAAGGCUGAUCUGCCGAGCCCUCGGAAGGAGUUCAGCGCUUCAGCGAUUGGUUGCAAGGUCUACGUGACUGGAGGCAGGGGCUCUGAGAAUGGGGUCUCUAAGGAUGUCUGGGUGUAUGACACUGUCCAUGAGGAAUGGUCUAAGGCAGCUCCCAUGCUGAUUGCCCGCUUUGGCCAUGGCUCAGCUGAGCUGGAAAACUGUCUCUAUGUGGUAGGGGGGCAUACAUCCCUAGCAGGCAUUUUCCCUGCCUCUCCUUCUGUCUCCCUGAAACAAGUUGAGAAAUAUGACCCUGGGGAUAAUAAGUGGACUAUGGUGGCCCCAAUGAGAGACGGUGUCAGCAAUGCUGCUGUGGUGAGUGCCAAGCUGAAACUCUUUGUGUUUGGAGGGACCAGCAUCCACCGGGACAUGGUGUCCAAAGUCCAGUGUUUUGACCCCUCGGACAACCGGUGGACAAUCAAGGCAGAAUGUCCCCAGCCUUGGCGAUACACAGCAGCUGCUGUUCUGGGCAGCCAGAUUUUCAUCAUGGGAGGUGACACAGAGUACACAGCAGCUUCAGCAUAUCGCUUCGACUGUGAGACCAACCAGUGGACGCGGAUUGGGGACAUGACAGCCAAACGCAUGUCCUGUCAUGCUGUGGCUUCAGGCAACAAGCUGUAUGUGGUUGGAGGCUACUUUGGGACCCAGAGGUGUAAGACCCUGGACUGCUAUGACCCUACUUCAGACACAUGGAACUGCAUCACCAGCGUGCCCUACUCUCUCAUUCCCACGGCCUUUGUUAGCACCUGGAAGCAUCUGCCUGCAUGAAAGGCAGCUUCAGAGCCCAGCCAGCCUGUGUGCUUCUUCCUGCCUGGGCCAGAAGCUGACAGCACCAGCUCCCGGCAGCAGCAGCUCCAGCAGGCCUUACCUCUAGGCAUCGCAAUGAAGUUCUCCAGCAUCACCUGUACUCGGUUCCCAAAGCUGCCAGAAGCUUGUGUGGAGAGAAGCGUCCAGAGGCGUGGGCUGUCACCAGCAACCCAGGCCUGACAAUGGCUAACAGGGAGGAGCAGGGGUCCCUUGGCCCCAGCAGCACAGCCUUUGACUGUAGGGCUGUCUGUGGGAGCUGGGAAUGGUGCUCCAGUGUCCUGGACAUCGGAAGCAUAGUCCAACUGAAGACAUUUUAUAAGGACAGAAGCCCCAGGGUCACCCAGCCUCAGGUGGGACCUACAGGCUCCAUCAGCAGAUGAUACCAGACUGCUACGGCCAAGAGGAGAUCAUCCGUGUGCCCUCUGCCAAGAAUGAGCUCACCCCCCAAGAGGUGACUUUCCGGAAGCUUCCUUAGAUGUAGGGCAGAUGCCUGUGACCAGUCAGACACUGCUUAGGGUUCCCCAGCAGGACUCUAGGCCCCUGAGAGCUGGUAGGGGCCUGAUGCCUGCACUUCUCAGAGGCACAGGACAGCAGCAGGUUAUACCUCCCAAUGUACUGGGCUCCUUUGUGGAGACCCUGUCCUGUGUCCUGUUCCCUAAGAGGUCAGACAUGAGUUGAAUGGCAGGGGGACCCCACAGUCACGGCAGUUUGCAGGGAGGUUGGAUUUCUGUCAUUGUGGGCCUAGCAUUAAGGCUCCCAUCACACCUGCUAUCCUCUUCAGCCCCAGCUGACAGCCUGAGUCCUGCCUGUGUGUUCCUUGAGCUCAGAUAGACGGAUCCGAAGAAACUUCCCGAAUGUGUUUCUCAAGGGUUCCCCCCCCAGUGUCCCCUGCAUUAGGUUUGCAGAGUCACCAUCUUCUGAUGCCAGUGUGGACUCCUCGCUCACCCCUGUUUGUCUAGUGCUCUUGGUUUCCAGUCCAGGAUGGGGAGUGUUCCAUAGUUGGUGGCUUCCCAUCGCUGCAUGAGGAUGGAGCAUCCAGAGUGGGUUCUGCUCUUGACAGAAGUGGAGCCACAGUACAGACCGGUUUGGCCAGCCAUCAAGCUCCUGGAAGCUCAGCCUGGUACUUAGCUGAGUGACUUAGUCACACACUGCUCCCACCUGAGGUCCAGCUGGUUUUCCAUUCCACCUCAGGGUCAGCCUUGCUGGAGAAUUGCAGGCUCUUGGCCCAUGGACUAUGCCAUCAGGAGCAAUCAGUCUGCACAGCACAGAGGACCUAGCCCUGGUGCUUGCCUGAGCAUGGGUGUUACUUUUAUUAGUUUCUAACUUAAUAAAAGUGAGGAAGUUCUUGCCCUCCUUUGGGUUCUGA